AGGGUCUAGUUAUCGUACGUUUACUAAUAAUGACUGAUACUGCUGAAACUACCACCACUACUGAGCGCGUUUCCUCCUCAACUUGCUUCAUCUGCAACGAGCCUGGUCACUUCGCCAGAGAUUGCCCUCAGGCUACUAGCAGCAGUCGUCCUACUGGUCGUCGCCCUAUGAACUGCUACAACUGUGGCAAGCCCGACCAUCUCGCUCGUGAUUGCCCUAAUGAGCAGACCAACCAAAGGCCUUGCUUCAAAUGCGGUCAAGUCGGUCACUUCGCCAGGGAUUGCACUGCUCCCGAUACCCGGGCAUGUUUCCGUUGUGGCGAGACCGGUCAUCUUGCUCGUGACUGCCCUAAUGAGGACACCAGGCCCGAGAGCGAUCGCGCUCCUCGUGGACGUGGUGCUGAGGGCAGGAACUGUUUCAAGUGUGGUCAGCCUGGUCACUUCGCCAGAGACUGCCCUAACUAAGCCUUGGUGUUUUUACUAAUGAUGAUUGAAAUAGCAUUUAUUCAUCAUUUGUUGAAAUGCUCGGCCCUCCUCGAGUUUUCUUGCGACGUUGUUGGUUGUACUAGCAGUUUCACGACGUUUACUGUGUUGUCCAUUUACACGAUAAAUAAUAGCGGUUGUUGAUAAGUACCACGAUAAUUACUCGGAAAUUUAAAGGCGCGGCUUCUUAGA